AGUUUGUGUGAGUUUAAAAGAUGGCGUACCAAACUGUUUGGCAGGAGUAUAAGUAGGUUUUUGUAGUUACAAGAGCAUAUACCGUAGCAUUUGUACUUACAACAGCAGUGGUGCAUGGCUUCUGCAUCAUGCCAAAAUAAAAGUGGUGCAAUGAAAAGAAAAAUAGCGGAUGAAAGGAGAGCGUUUCAGGAGAAAUGGACUGAUGACUAUUUCUUUGUUGAAUCUAAUAAUAAAGCGCUUUGCUUACUGUGCAGGGAAGUGGUAUCUGUUUUCAAGGACUACAAUUUGAAAAGGCACUAUAUUCAAAUGCACCCACAUUUAAGUGAAUUGCAAGGAGAGUGUCGUAGACAAAAAAUAUUAGAUUUAAAAAAAGAAAAUCUUACAUUCCAACAACAGCUGUUUCGAAAAUCAGCUACUCAACCCGAUUCCUUAGUCAAGGCAAGUUAUGUUGUAUCAAAUUUAAUUGCUAAAAAAUCCAAGCCAUUUGCUGAUGGUGAAUUUAUUAAAGAAUGCCUUGAAAGUGUAGCAGACGUAAUUUGUCCUGAAAAACAAUCUGAUUUUUCUAAAAUAAGUUUAUCACACCAGACAGUCGCUAGGUGUGUGGAAGAUAUAGCCAAAUAUAUCGAAAAUACUUUGGAAUCUCGGUGUACAACUUUCAAGUUUUACUCCAUAGCUUUGGAUGACUGCACUGAUGUUACAGAUACGACACAACUUGCCAUAUUUAUUCGAGGUGUUGACAUCAAUUUCAAUAUUACUGAAGAACUUGCAUCUUUGAUUCCACUGAAAGAUAGCACCACAAAGUCUGUUGAUUUGUAUAACGCACUAAAAGCAACAUUGACAAAAUUUUCCUUAACCAUCAAAAACAUGUCUGGCAUUGUAACUGAUAGUGCUCCAGCUAUGGUUGGAAAGAAGGAAGGACUAACAACACUAAUGGAAGAAGAUGCAAAGCAGAUCAGUAAUGUGUGUUUCAUGAAAUACCACUGCAUUAUACAUCAGGAAAAUAUGUGUGCACAGAUUUUAAAAAUGGAAAAUGUUAUGAAUGUUGUCAUUAAAACAAUAAAUUUCAUAAGAUCCAGAGGAUUAAAUCACCGCCAGUUUCAAGAGUUUCUGAAUACCUUGGAAACUAGCUAUGGAGACAUUGUGUACUUUACUGCAGUAAGGUGGUUAAGUCGUUGUAAAAUGCUGAAACAUUUCUAUGAUUUGAGAAAUGAAAUAAAGUGCUUUAUGGAGUCAAAAGGAAAGCCUGUACCCGAAUUUGAAAAUGCAAGCUGGAUGGCUGAUUUAGCAUUCUUAGUAGACAUCACUGCUCAUUUAAAUGACCUGAACCUGCGCCUCCAAGGUGAAAAUCUGCUAAUAAAUGACAUGUUUCAAACAGUGACGGCAUUUGAAGUGAAACUGAAAUUAUGGCACCGUCAGAUUAAGAACAAUAACUUAAUUCACUUUGAAACACUGUCUGAACAAAACCAUGUAAAUACUGAAAAAUAUGCAGCAUUAAUUAAUAGUUUAUCACAGGACUUUGAGAGUAGAUUUCAAGACUUCAGAAAACACCAACAGCAUUUCAGUAUAUUUGCUACUCCAUUCUCAGUUGACAUCAACAUGUUGCCUGCAAACCUGCAACUGGAAUGCAUAGAGUUGCAGUCAGAUAUACAACUUAAAGAAAAAUUUCUGCAAGAGUCUUUAUUGGACUUUUAUAAAUUGUACCUGUCUAAAGAAAAAUAUCCGUCACUUCACGAACAUGCCCUGUUCAUGACAUCUCUGUUGGGAAGUACAUACAUUUGCGAGCAAUUUUUUUCUCGUAUGAAGUACACAAAAAGUAAAAUCAGAACUAAAAUUUCAGACGAACAUCUUGAAAAUACUCUUCGCAUUGCUACCGUCUCUAUCAAAACAGAUGUAGACGCACUGAUAUCAAAAAGACAGGCUCAGUGUUCACAUUAAAAAGGUUAUGUUCAUGUUUGUUUAUUAAACAAAAGAAUAUUCUUGAUUUGACAGCUUGAACCUCCUGAUAUGGAUACUUUACGAAAGUAUAACAAGAACUAGGACCAAUAUGUUUGAAUUCUGUGAAGGUCUGUGCCUAGCUGCACCCUUGUGAACAGGUUUUAUGAAUAAACAUUACCACUAAGUCAGUUAUUUAUUGAAAAUUUGUGAAAAGUAACACACUGGAAAACCCCUUUCAAAUUUUCUGCAAACACUGGGAAACAACUCAAGUUGGAGACUUAAAGAGUUGGAGACAUAAAGUGAGCUAAGGAAGAAGUACAAAAAGGUGUUGUGAUAAUGCUAUGCCUCAUUGGGUGGAUCAGUACAAGUCGUCAGCUGAAAUGUGCACUCGUGCAUAUUGGUGAGGCAACUGCAAAAAAGCAGGUGUGAAAUUGGAGUGUGUUGUCACAUGUUAUGUUCUUUGUGGCUCCGUACUAAGUGUGUGAACCAAAGUUGAACGCAUUCUAGCAUCUGUUAGUGGAACAAAUGUAAAAAUACAAAUUGUUCAUUUUUUUUAAGAAGUAAAGAUGGACAAAGGAAUUGUAGGUCUUCUCAUUCCUGCAAGCUGUGCAUCACCACUGGUAAACCUUAUUUAAUCUUCAGACCACCUUCACCAAAUAGCAAUGCAACAGAUGUGUCAGCAGCUUCAUCCACAAAGUAUUUGCCACUUUGUUGAUGCUACAGAGUGAAGAAAAACAGAGGCUUUUGCUGUGGCUUACUUGACAGUGCUAGAUGUAGUCAUGACUUGCAUAAUUUCAGGGACAGAUUCCAAAGAUAUUAUAUAAUGUGCAUUUCAAAAGGAGUGCUCAGUUUGAUAAUACCAUUUAAGAUGGCAAAUAGAAAACUGUGGGAACCAUCCACAAAGUGAAAUUGUUUUGAGUAGUGAAGGACAGAUAUUUGUAGGUCUUGUCAUUCCUGCACGCUACCUGCGGUAGUGGUGCUGCGGUAGCGUUGUCGCCUCACAGCAAGACGCUGUCCCGUUCGAUUCUCAGCUAGAGCG